AUGGCGUCACAAGAAGUCGGAUCUGACAGCCUCGAUCCCCAGGAUCAGGAGCUCGCUGAAACCCACCACAUCGCCGACUAUUCUAUCGUGCAUCCUGAAACCCGUACGGGCAUCGCUGUCUUCGAUUCUAAAAACGUGUGGUAUCUUCCAAAAGCCCUUCGUGUUAUAAAUAGUUUCGACAUCCCAGAUAUUUCGCGGUUGAAAAUUUCCGCCAAACUCGCAACCAAGUAUCUGUCGUUUGCCAGUGAGGCUGAUUUCAUCUCUUAUGCCCAUACCGUCCUACCAGGUAUCGUGGGACCUGCCAUCGACGUGAUGGCAUCAGACAACUACGUGGAAAAGAUCCGACAGUUCGAUAGCACUUCCUUUGCCUGGGGGGCAAAUGGGGGCAAUGAAGAACUGAAUGAACAUCUUUCAAAGCUUAACAGGUUGGCCCUGCAUUGCGUCCUAUUUAGUCCCGGCCGCGUUCAAUGCCCAGCAGACCUUAUGUAUUUCUACAUGGGACACUAUCAGGUGCGAGAUUGGCUCAAUACUUUCGCUACCCUUAUCACCGAACCGAAGCUGCUUCCGUCCAUUCGAACGGGCUACCUAGGAUUUUCGGCCGGACUUCGCAUAGAAAUAUUUAUCCUUGCUCAUGCUGUGCAGAUCAUGCUCUUUGCCCCCAUUCAGGGGCGUGAGGAUGCGUCCUACAAAUCCACGGACUCAUACCCCCGUCGCUUUCCGCUUGGAUAUCCCGAGCCGGGUCCUGAUGAUGUGAUGAUCUGUGGCAAGUAUAGCCUCGAUGAUCUGUACCGAGCUCUCCUUCUUAUUUUCUUCAUUCUUCAGCAGCGGCCCGGCAAAGAUGAAGACCCUCAUAUCUCUCAAAGUUCAGAGGUUUGGUUAGGAUAUACCACGGUCCGUUCCCACUAUCCCUGGAAUGAAGCUAUCAACCCUUCAUCAGUGAAGCCCUUUCCAUUUGAGAAGCUUCCUCGAGAACUACAACUUCGGAUCGUCGACCUUGCAACUUCACCCAAGGUCACACCGACUAUAGAAAGAAGGGAGCAUCGAGGGAAACGAACGGCCCGUAAGAUCCAGUGUACAUCCGAAGACUCAUUUCUAGCCCUCAAAUUGUCGUCUCGAGGCAUGUAUCAUUUGGUGAAGACUGCGAACCCAGUUGUAGCUAUCUACGACUCUGUUAUCAUUCCUCCGCCCGGCCGAGUAAUAUUUCGAAUGAAUCUGAGGGUCGACACACUGAGAUUAUUCUACGAUCACGAUGGCCUUCCGAAGUUUUACGACGCACAUGGCCGGCGUGCACCACUUCCCGUGCGCAAGCUUCUCUCGUUCUCGGAAUAUUACAAUCGUGAAUUUAAUCAGAAUCACCGUGAGCCUUGGUGGUGCCAAAGACCUCUCUGUCCUAUAUCUUUGAAUCUCCAUAAUCUUCCAAUGUUAGAGGAGUAUUCCUUGAUACUUCCUGACGCAGACAAGAAGUGGAUGAUCGAGGGGCUUCCGCGAGUCAGACCUCAAACCGACAAUGAAACUACGGCGCAUAUUGGCACCAAGUGGCAAUUCAACUAUUAUCGCUACUACGAAGCUGAGCGACUCCACACCGAAACACCAGAGGGAUUCCCUAUGGGGGUUCCGCCAAACUUCUGUGACGAUACGCACCUUGACGGUCCUAACCCUUCCGACCGUCCUGGUAGUAUCCCGUAUAUCGGAAGAUACGGAUAUGAGAGAAGCAAAGGCAUAGUUGGCGGGCAUUGGGCUGGGUUCAAAUACUUUCACGAAACUCAGGAAGUCUACUUCGCACCUCUCUCAUGGGACGAAGUUAAGCCCCUAGCAAUAGGUCCCUAUGGAAAGAAUGGAGCUGAAGCCUUUUUUCACAACCAUACCCCGCAGUUUGUGGCAAAGGUCUGGAUCAUCCGACAGGGGACGACCGUUCCGAAAGGAUGGGUCAAGGUGCGGGAUGUAGGCCCAUCUGACCCCACCUGGAGACACCAAGUACUGAUGACAUGGAAGCAAUUGUGUUACACGUUCCAUAUCAUUGAAAGUUCCCCUUCCGAUUACUCUUACGACCUUCACCAGAGAUAG